GUCGCUCAUUUUAAAUUUUAGUUUACCAUUACAUUGUUAAUGUUGGGCUUCCCUUCAAAAGCUUCCAGUAUGCGGUUCAAUAUAGUCAUUUGUGCGGUCGUUGGAUUGGUUUUAACUGAAUUUACUGUAUGUUAACAAAAACUGUACAUUUUCAAAUUAAUUUUCAGUUAAUUUGUUUAGGUGGCGGUAGUUUUCAAGAUGACAAACGUCGUGUGUGAGAGCUACAAUAGUUCUUGGUUUGUGUUUCAUAAUUGUCGCCUGAAGGCUGUGGGUCGAGACAAGGUUGUACUUAAUAUAAACGAAACAAUUCUUUACCCAGUUAAUAAUGCACAAGCUCACCUUAAAAUGUAUAAAAGAGAAAAUGGUUUCAAGCCCUGGCUGCUUGACACCACAGUCGACGCUUGUCGUUUUAUGAGACGACAGUAUAAUCCCGUUGCCAAAAUAGUCUACAGUCUCUUUCAACCGUUUACCAAUAUAAACCACACGUGUCCUUUUGUGGUAAGCUAUCAUUCUUUCAAUAUUGAAAUAAUUAACAAUAAUGUUAAAUAUGUAUUUUACAAGGGACCACAGAUUCUUGAAGGAUUUUACCUGAAGCCCGAACUCUUACUUCUGCCAUUUCCAACUGGCCAAUAUAUGCUGGCACUAAGAUGGUUCUUUGACAAGAAACUGCAGUUCGAUACAAACGUGAGCUUUUUGUUCGUAGAGGAUUUUUCGAAGGAGUAAUAAUAAAUACACUUAAAGUCUGCACAAAAAUUGAAUAAAUAAAUUGAUUAAAUCGAAUAUUAAGUACAACUUAAAAUCUGAAACUUAUUUUAAAGAUUUAAUGAUGAAAUAUUGUAAUAUUGAUGUGGAGUGGUUAUGACAAUACCACUUCCAAAAACAUACAAAAUACCUAGGCAACGA